AUGGAGCAGGAUCAAGAGGAACAAGAGCAUUACAAGUCAGUACUCUUGUCAUUUCGCGAGUAUGAACCUUUUAUGAUGCGUGAGAUAUAUCGGCGUAAGAAACACUUGCAGUCGAUGCCUAUUGAUAUGCAGCGACGUCUUCCCCAGUCCUCCACGAUCCGAAAUCUCCACCAUUUUGUCAAUGCAGCACACCACAACCAGGUUUUCUUUGAACGUGUUGUACAGGCUCAACUAAAGACUGGACCAGACUAUGAAUUGCCGGUGGUAACACCCAAGACGUCACUGCAAAGUCCUCCUCGUCACUUUUCCAAGCUUAAGAGCACACUGCAUCAGUUUGUCCGCGAUUGGUCUGAUGAGGGCAAGAAAGAGCGUGAAAUGUGCUAUACCCCCAUCAUUAAAGAACUGCGUCGUGUCCUGCCUUUGAAUCCAGACAACACAACGGAUCGCCCUCGAGUUCUACUUCCUGGAGCAGGACUGGGACGACUUGCGUUGGAAAUCGCCUCCAAGGGCUACUCGGCCCAGGGCAAUGAGUUUUCGUAUCAAAUGCUGUUUGCAAGCAACUUCAUUCUCAACUGGGUAACGCAGCCGUUGCAGUUCGAGAUUCAUCCUUGGAUCCAUAAUCCAUCUAAUGCGUUGACAAUCACGGACUUAUUGCGUCCCGUGGCGAUCCCGGAUGUAGCACCAGCUGAGCUUCUGGGUCUCAAUAAUGGUGGCACUGCUACUCCUCCCGACUUCUCUAUGUGCGCUGGCGAGUUCCUAGAGGCAUACGCAAACGACAAAGAGUGUUGGGACUGUAUUGUAACGUGCUUUUUCAUUGACGCGGCACCGAACGUGAUCGAGUACAUUGCAGCGUUCGAGCGUCUACUAAAACCUGGUGGCUACUGGAUCAAUCUAGGUCCUCUGCUCUACCACUGGCAAAACAGUAGCGAUGGUGACGAUGAGCGCUACGAGCAGUCAGUGGAGCUCUCGUACGAGGAGAUUAAGCACGUCAUGAACACGUACAAUUUCCGUAUUCAGAAGGAAUCACAGCGCGAGUGUUUGUACACAAACAAUGUCAAGAGUAUGAUGAAGACAGUCUAUAAUUGCGCCUUCUUUACUGCCGUCAAGGAAACUGGACACGUCUAG